GAUUCCAACGUCCAGUGAACAACGGCAGCAAGAUGCCCAGUGACGAGCGACAAUUGAUCCCCGUGCCCAACCUCGAUAAAGCGCCCGCGAUCUACGACGAUGAGAUCGACGAGCUGGAUGCCAACUGUCAGCAGCUGGCGCGGGACUUUUUGCGUGAAAACCCCACGAUCCGGGAGCAAAGCCUGGCGCAGCUGCGUGACUGGAUAGCGAAGCAUCCCAACAUCAAGCGGUGCCGUACCGAUGCGCGCUUUCUGUUGCGCUUCCUGCGCACCAAGAAGUACUCGUUCAUUCACGCGUCGCAAAUGCUCGAACGGUAUCUGGCGUGCCGGGAGGUGCAUCCGCAGUGGUUCAAGGGGCUGGAUAUCGAGGAUCGGGAGAUGUGCGAUCUGGUGGAGGCGGGUUUUCUGUAUCCGUUGCUCGAGAAGGAUGCACGGGGCCGGACGAUGAUUUUCGGUGACGCUGGUACGCUCAACCCGAAGAUCUACACCAUCGGGCACGGUUGCCGGAUGCAUAUGCUCGUCGGCGAGACGCUGUACGAUGACGCAUCGGUGCAGUGCGCCGGGUUCGUGCUGGUGUACGAUCUGACCGGCAUUACGAUGGGGCUGCUCGGGCUGGUGACGCUCAACGAUAUCCGCGAUCUGGCCACGUACCUCAACAAUGCGGUACCGAUGCGCAUCCAGGAGCUGCACUUUGUCAACACGCCCAGCCUGGCCCUCAAGGUUGCCAACUUUACGAUGGCGAUUUUGAACGAGAAGCUACGGAAUCGGAUCUCGUGCCACCGGAAUUGGGAGGAUUUGCACAAGAAAAUCGACAAACGGUUGAUGCCCCAGGAGUACGGUGGUCUGAUACCGAAGGAGAAGCACAUCGAGGCCUUCAAGGAGCAGUGCCGCCUGCAUCGCAACCAGAUGCUCGCGCUGGAUAAGCUCAACUACGAGGUUAGCCGUGAUGCGAGCUACAGGAAAAAGUCCGAGGCUGGUGAAAUCGAAAAGGGAACGAUCGGCUCGUUCCGCAAGCUGCAGCUCGACUAGCCGCCGCCGCCGCCGCCGGGGAAUGGACGAACGGUGGAGACGACGGAAUUGAAAUGCUCUAGACUGUGAUUAUAAUUGUUUUACCAGAGCGAUUGCACAUAGGUUUUGCUUACCGCUUGUCGCUGGUUGAUUGGUUUUAAGGAAGACUCUCCUCUCCAACAGAAGCUCGGAGCGAAGGUUAUCCACUCAUCUCCGCCACCGUGGUGUUACGUCGUCGCUCUGUUGACACUGUCCGUAAUGCCAACAAUUAGCACUCCUCAGAGAGACAAUUCAGUGGAAGAAGGGAAAGCGUGUGGGCAGUGGUAGAGGAGGGCCAUAGAGAAACAGCAUCCAACCCCCGGUGGCCACACGCUAGCAAGCACACACACACACCCCAAAGGGUAAACAGACGUUUCGGCUGAUAUGCAAUCAUCUGAGGCUCACCUGCCAGCACCAGGCAGCAAUGGCGAGAAAGCGGAUGAAAAUGAUAAUCUAAUGCCAAGGAUGACCCUGACCGUAGGUGUGAAGGACUUCCAGCAUCCCCAUCCAAUUUGACAGCUCAAUUUUAAUCAUUUCAUAAUUCCCACAAGCCUGCUCGUUGGCUACACCGUCUGAGAAACUUAAGUGAUAAGCAAUACGCGUUGGAGGGCAGGGUUGAAUAGUGUUAUCGGUACAUGUUUACUAGGUAAAUCGAACAUUGGAAGUUACAGACAUCAGUGCAUUGUAAUCAGUUUUAAUUUUGAAUAAAAUAAACA